AUGUUCAGCAUUGAUCGAAUUAGCAUUUCUAGCACCUCACCUUCUGUCCUUUUGAGGAAUCUGCGCCGCUCAUCAAAGUCACGAAGUAGCUCUCGUCAACACAAUUUCGAAUUAUCUCCAGCACCAUCUUUCAUCUCAGACACUUCUACUGGCGCUCAAAGCCCUGAAAAUGCUCACAGUGCAGGCACUGUUAGUACUAUUAAUUCAAUUAUGAGCCGUCAACCAAGCAUGAUCAAUAUGGAAGUUGAAAGACAACGGUUCGGGUCGGGCUUGGAUGUGAUGGAACCGCGUCCCAUUGUAUAUUGGGGUAGCAUGGAAGAGAGAAUGAGUAGCUCUAUAGGGUCUAGGUUGGGCUAA